ACGUGUUCGUUCUUGUCGCCGUUUUCCGUGCUUGAGCCGUCGCAAUGUCAACAACAAACGCCAUCAACGGCAAUCUCUACGAGCAACUGCACCAAGGACGGACGAAUAUGUACAAGUCGAAAGUGGACGUUGUCCUGGGCGCCCAGUGGGGUGACGAGGGCAAGGGCAAGGUGGUGGACAUGCUGGCCUCCGAAGUGGACAUCGUGUGCAGGUGUCAGGGCGGCAAUAAUGCUGGGCACACUGUGGUGGCCAAUGGCACCGAGUUCGAUUUCCAUCUACUGCCGAGCGGCGUCGUGAACGAGAAGUGCAUCUCGGUGAUUGGCAAUGGUGUUGUCAUUCACCUGCCCUCGCUGUUCGAUGAGGUGCUGAAGAACGAGGCCAAGGGUCUGCAGCACUUGGAGCACCGGCUGAUCAUCUCGGAUCGGGCGCAUUUGGUGUUUGAUUUCCACCAGCAUGUGGAUGGCAUGCAGGAGGCUGAGAAGGGCGGAAAGUCCCUGGGCACCACCAAGAAGGGCAUCGGUCCGGCCUACUCGAGCAAGGCCACCCGCAACGGAAUCCGUGUGGGCGAGCUUCUGGGCGACUUUAAUGCGUUCAGCGACAAGUUCAAGUUGAUUGUGGCCACACAUCUGCGGCUGUUCCCAUCGAUAAAUGUCGACGUCGAGGCGGAAUUGACCCGCUACAGGGACUACGCUGAGAAGGUGCGUCCCUAUGUCAAGGACACGAUUUGCUUCUUACACACCGCCCUGCGCAACGGCAAGACCAUCCUGGUUGAGGGCGCCAACGCGGCCAUGCUGGACAUUGACUUUGGCACGUAUCCCUAUGUGACCAGCAGCAACUGCAGCAUUGGCGGCGUCCUUACCGGUCUGGGCCUGCCUCCUCAGACCAUUGGCGAAGUCAUUGGCGUGGUCAAGGCCUACACGACGCGAGUGGGAGACGGCCCCUUCCCCUCCGAGCAGUUGAAUGAAAUUGGCGACCUGCUGCAGACGCGCGGCUUUGAAGUUGGCGUGACCACGAAGCGAAAGCGCCGUUGUGGAUGGCUGGACAUACCGCUGCUGAGGUACACCUCGCUGGUGAACGGCUACACGUGCAUUUGCCUUACCAAGCUGGAUAUCCUGGAUACGCUGCCGGAGAUCAAGGUGGCUGUGAGCUAUAAGAAAGCCAAUGGUGACAAACUGGAUCACUUCCCGGGCACCAUUGCCGAGCUGGGCAACAUCGAGGUGGAGUACGCGGUACUACCCGGCUGGCAAACGUCCACGGAGCACAUACGCAACUUCAAGGAGCUGCCGGAGAACGCACAACACUACGUUCGCUUCCUGGAGAAAGAGCUGAGCGUGCCCGUGCGCUGGGUGGGCGUUGGCAAGGGCCGCGAGUCCAUUAUUAACGUGCACUAGUGCUAGCAAGAUGAAGCGACGACGUACUUAUGAAUACGGUAUAUGAUGAGACGGAAGCGCUUUAAUGCCCAUUAGCCAGAUACGCGCAAUGUAGCGAAAAUGGCCUUUAACUACUAUCUAACCACAGAAAUAACCACCACAAAUGCAACUUAUAUUUCGACUAUCUUACAAUAUUUCGACACAAAUUAUUAGCCUAUUGCUUUUUUAAGAUUUAUUUCAUAGUUUUUGAUGUUCACAAAUUUCAUUUUGAGCGGCUCGUGCCACGCAUAACUUACUAUAAAUUCUUGUUUGAUGAGGAGACGACGUACUUAGUUUUUAAGAUCAUCAGGUGCAGUUUCAGAUUUUGUAUGCGAGGAAGGAAGGGGAGGCAAAUAUUUUAAUUGUACAAUAACUAUAUGAUGUUGUUUUAAUAUUUAAAUACAACAAAUCGUGUGCUCUGACUUGUGUAAUUGUGUCGCAACAAAAUACAUUUUAAUUGAAAUC